UCUGUAGUGUGGAUCAGGCUCUUAGCACUCUGGCCAUGAGAAAGUUUUGUGAAGAUAAGGUCUCUUCAUCACUUCAUCCAUCCCAGCGCAGAUAUAUCAAUUACUUUGGAGGUUUGCUGUCUAGCACCAUAAAGAUCAGCAGUGAUAUGUUGUCCCUGCAGUGUGUUUUACUGCCAAUCAUUCCUACACUGCAAACAGAUGGGGGAUUCUGCCCUUUUCUGAAGAUCUACCAAUCCAUGCAGCUGGUCUACACCUCUGGGAUCUACCUAGCAGAUGGCAAAAGUCAGAGGCGACAACUGUGCAUAAGUCUGGAGCCAGCCUUGUUGCUUAAAGGUGAUAUCAUGGUGAAAUGUUAUCACAAGCGUUGCAAGCCUCAUGAGAGAGAAGUGCUCUUCAGACUUCAGUUCCAUACAUGCACCAUUCACAACACACAUCUGUGCUUCAGCAAGGACCAGCUGGACUGUGCUUGCACAGAUGGAAGAUUCCCGGAAGAUGCAGUUGUUGAGCUGAUCUUUUCCUCUGCACAGGACAAGGGAAAAGGGCGAGAUGUAAUCCGGAAGGAUCCCAGCAUU